AUGGCUAUGGAAUGUAAUGGAAAUCAUAAAAACAUUUUGUUUGUAGGUGAAGGUAAUUUUUCAUUUUGCAAAUCAUUGGUAGAAAAGCACAAUGAAAAGUGUGAUAAUAGUUUAAAAGUUACUGCAUCAGAUUUGAAUAUUACUAAAGCUGUUUUCAAUAAUUAUAAAAGAAAUGAAAAUAUCCAUAUACAUGAAGAUCGUAAUAUUUACAAGUGUGACGGUAGUAAUUGUGACAAUAGUGACGAUUCUGACAAUAGUGACGAUUCUGACAAUAGUGUCAAUGAUAUUAUCAAUUCUGUAGCUUCGAUGAGUAUUGAAGAAAAUAAUAAUAAUAAUAAUGUUAAAUCUAAAUGUAACAACUGUGCUAAAACAAUAGAAAAUAUUGAUUGGUUGAUCAAAAAUAAUUGUGAAAUUAUUUUGGGCUUAAAUGCAACCAAUUUAUCUGGAUGUUCAAAAACUAAAAAAAAAAAAUAUUCUAAAAUCUAUUGGGUAAUGCCACAUGAUGGAGAAAGGUAUCAGAAUAAUAGUUUACCAACUCUAAUAAGGGAUUUUUGCUUGUCUGCAAGAGAACUUCAAAAUCUAAAUGAUAGGAUACAUAUAGUAAUCUCUCAAAAUAAAGAAUUUGGUAACUACCAUAAAGAAUUUCAACAAGCAAAAGUUUAUAAUAUUAUUGAAGGGCCAUUCAUUUCUGGUUAUAUUUUAGAAAAAAGAAUAAAUGUAAAUGAUCAAAGAUACCCAGGUUAUGAACAUCAAAAGGUAUGCAGUACAAUAAAAGUGGAAAAUGGAAAUUUCCCAAAUUUUUGA